AACAAAAAAAGAAAAAACCCUAUCUAAGACUGAUGAAGCCCUCCCUAAUAAUUUUGAUAUGCCUUUCUGUUUUUCAAAAUUUUUUGUGUUUUUAUUAUAUAUUUUGUAUCAAUUGCGCAGAUGAAGAAUAUGGUUUUGUAUCGUUUCUUUUUAUUUUUCCAAAAAAAUUUGAACUCCAUCAAAUAUUAUACUGAUGAUAAUCUCUAUUCAUGGUGAAAAGUUGAGCAAAAUAAUAAUGUAGAAAAACGAAGCCCAAACGACCUCUCAGUUUUGAAAUGUCACAUUGGAUUUUGGAGAAAGAAAAAAAGAUCAAUUUUGAUGAAUUCCAGUAUCUAAUUGUAUGGUGUUAGGUUGUAAGCAAGCUAUUUCUUACCUAGAAACGAUCAAUUUGUGUUAAGGUGAAAAUGAUGAAGUGUUCCCCUCAUAUUCUGUCAUGUUUAUGAUCAUUUGUUAGAUUACUUGAUUGGUGAUGUCUCUUGGAGUGAUGGUAAUUUUUCAAUCCUUUAUGCUACAGUAUCUUGAAUUCAUCUAAUGGUAUCUCAAGAAACUGCCCAGUUAGAGUGAGUCAACUAUCAAGUGAAUGGAAGUGUGAAUUCUCGCUACGCAAUAGGAAUUACUCAAAUCGUACAUGAAAAUGUCUAAGUUAUAUACUUCAUAUAGAUAUGGUGUGCAGGAUCAAUUGUUCCAAUGCUGUAAUCUUCAAAAUCAUGUUGAAUCUUUUGACCGUCUACCUCAGCAGCUGAUGUCUGUCCAUAUUCGUGAUUUAGUCGAGUUAUUUCUCGAAUAGUUUCCUGUUAAGACAGAUGUUUUUUAGCUCUUUGGUUAACUUCUUCAUGCCAUGUCUUUUCCUACAAGCAAUUGUAAUCUGCCCUCUUAUUUUUGGUAAUUUUGAUCUUUCUUUGGGAUAUAAGAAACAUAUAUCACUGGAAUCCAUGAGCAAAUGGUUUUACGCAGGAAUCUCCAAGGUAGGGCGCCCACGCGCAAAGGGGCGAAAGCGGAAAAAUAAAUCAAAACAGGAUGAAUUUAGUGAUGUUGAAGCCACUGUACCUUUGGGCCCACGCAAAAAGGUAGGGCGCCCACGGAAAAAUGUAUUAAAACAGGAUGAAUCUAGUGAUGUUGAAGUCACUGUACCUUUGUGCCCACGGAAAAAUGUAUUAAAACAGGAUGAAUCUAGUGAUGUUAAAGCCACUGUACCUUUGCGCCCACGUGCAAAGCGGCGAAAGCGGAAAAAUGUAUUGAAACAUGAUGAAUCUAGUACUGUUGAAGUCACUGUUCCUAAGAACAUUCAUCGUCGUGGUCAUGCAAGGCAAUCUAGAAUCAGCAAUUGCACAAUCACCACCGAAAGAGGAAAGUUGGACUCAGGCAGAUUCCUUUGCUACCUCAUGCACAUGUGGGAUGGAUUACCGGAAGAGAAAGUGGAAUCAGCUACAUAUUUCGACCCUUUGUGGUUUGAAAUGUAUGCCAAUCGGGAUAGAAGAGCCAAUGUAUUGAGCUGGAUCAAGGAGAAGGGCAUUUUAUCAAAGAAAUGUGUUUUCGUCCCUAUAGUUAAGUGGUCUCACUGGAGUCUCUUAAUCAUGUAUAACUUGGGCCAAAGUCUUGAUUCAGAAACUAAUGCUCCUUGCCUGCUGCUGCUUGAUUCAUUGCAAGGCAUGGAUCCUAAACGGCUCGAACCAUCAAUAAGAAGACUUCUUAUUGACAUCUAUGAAUCGGAGGAGAGGACAGAGAGCAAGAAGGAGCUCCAAAAGAUUCCUCUCUGGAUUCCGGAGGUCCCGCAGCAGAAAGAGGGCAACGAAUGUGGAUUUUACGUUCUAUUCUACAUACGCUGCUUCAUAGAUAGUCCCCCUCAAAGUUUCAAUGUAUCUAAGGGCAAUCCGAACAUGGUGACUUUUACCUCACAUUACUUCACAUCUACCUUAUCGUGCCUUACUUUGGUUUAUACUGUAUUCCAGAUGGGAAAGGAUUGGUUCACCAAUGACCAAGUGGAAAACUUCUGCAAAGAGCUAGAGGCUCUUCCUAGUGUAACUGACCCUGAUCCUGCUUCCUAUGAUUCUAGUGAUUCUAUCGAGAUAGUUACUGCUCCGUGCUUUGAUGUUUUGUUUCAAGUUUGUUGGUUGUAGUAUUGAUGUGUGUGCUUGCAAAAAGUAGGUUCUGUAUAAGGUUUUGCUAGAUGUACUUGGUUUCAAUA